GUGAGUGCUGCGCCCACAAUUGUCUUUGUUUCUCAACAGUAACGCCCUCCCGCCCACCGUUCUCACCAUCGACAACGUUCACAGCCCGGCAAGCAAGUCUUGGGAGAUGGGGACUGCUACGCGUGCUCGUAGGACAAGUUAUUGAUGAGUUUAGAGAAAAAUUGCUGCAUGUGUUCUUUCCAUAUUGUGCUGGCAAAGGUUGAACUUCGGAUCUUUGGUCCCACCCUCUCAACCGCCAUUCUACUGGUAUACAAGGGACAUAUUGGAGAAUUUCUACGAGUACAAAUGCUGAGGACACGUGAUGACACGUGAUGACAUCUGAGGACACCUGAGGACACCUGAGGACAUCUGAGGACACCUGAGGACACCUGAGGACACCUGAGGACACUUAAAGACACCUGAGGACACCUGAGGACACUUAAAGACACAUGAGAACACACAAACUUUAGGCAAAUAUUCACUACAAAGAAGAAAAUAAGAGAGAGAGAUAAAGUCUGCAAGAACUUCAAUAAUGGUGGUGCUGCCAAGCUCCCAAGUCAUGGCGGUACAUAUAGAAGUCAAGUCAGUGGAGAGCGAGGAAGUCAAGGCUUCCGUCGGCUCCCGGAAGGAAGUCACGGCCUUGCUGCAGCCUCCUGAACCGCUGACACUGGCGAGGAAGUCUGACGUCAGGAAGUCCAUGAUCUUGAUCAUCGCUACCCUUCUCAUGGAGACUGGGAAGCAGCUGAGCAACUUCGGGUUGUCACGAGCGAACAACGGGCAGUACCCGGUGCCCUCCUGCCUCCUCGUCCUCUUCACCGAACUCACUAAAUUCACCAUCGUACUCACCUGUGCUGCGGUGAUGGGCGUGUCCGUGGCCAGGUGGCGGUUCUCCGUCAGGUUCUGCGUGCCCGCCGUCUGCUACUUCGUCACCAACUUCCUCUACCUCCUCUCCAUCACCUCCGUCCCUCCCCCCAUCUGGAUGGUCCUCAUUCAGACGCGGACGCUCUACACCGCCGCCUCGUACCGGAUGAUGUUCGGGCGUGAGGUGACGCAGACACAGGUGCUGGGGUGCGUGUUGGUGGUGGGCAGCAUCCCCCUGGCCAGGCUGGCCGAGAUCAACACCUCCAACACCACCAUCACCUCCGCUGUCCUCCUCAACUCUCAGGUGUGCGCCGUCCUCUCCACCGCCGCCUCCAUCGCUGUUGAGAUCCUGCUAAAGAACGACGAACGCAGCUUCUGUGAGCAGCAGGUGUGGCUCUACAUGUGUGGGUCCCUGCUUGCGACCGUGGCCCUCCCGCUCCAGACGGAUGUCACCACUCUUCCCCAGCUACUGGAGAGUUUGUUAGAGAACCACAUCAUGAGUCUCCGUGUGGCGGCCGCUGUGGUAUCGUCAGCUCUGGCUGGGCUCUGUGUCCCUUUUAUUGUUAAAAGCCUCGAUAGCAUCGCUAAGGACUACCUGGCGGCGCUCAACAACCUGCUGCUCUCGGUGGUGACGGCGGCGGUGUUCCCGCUCCACUUCACCAUCAGCUGGGUCUUCGGGGUGUCCCUCGGGGUCCUGCUCCUCGGUAUAUGGCUCUAUGAAAGAAAGUUCAUCUUCAAGGAGCCCUGAUCCUGCCCCUCUCGUCUCCCACCUGCACCCGCCCGCGCGUCAACACCCACACCCACGUAAACGCCCAUGUCAACACCAGCGUUCACAUCAACGCCCCCAUCAUCGUCCACGCCAGCGUCCACGCCCACGUUUCUAAUGGGCACCCAGGAACGAGUAACUUUAGCUCUACGUCGAAUCAACGUUAUCAACGUUGAACCAACGCUGCUCUUGGAUACUGUAGCCAGUGGGUUCAUACCGGAGCAGCUCAUGCCGCUCCAGGAGGAGGGGGACAAGAGAAGCAAACUCCUGGUUCAACAGGUAAUAUAGGGAAGUUGAAGGAAGGAGAACAAGUGUGGUACAAGUACCAGGAGCUGGUAACAAACGACAGUAGAAAGGUACUAUAGAGCACCAGAAAUGAAUACACCAAAGACAAUUUGAAAAUGGCAUUGUGACAAAAGUUAAGGGCCAACCAAAUCUGUUCUAUAACCAUAUAAGGAGAAAAACAGCGAGACAUCACGAGAAAACAAGGAGAAGUCUCACUGAAAACGAUAACGAGGUAUGUGAGGAACACAACAAAAUAUUUCAGGAGGUAUUUAGAGUAGAACCAGCAUGGAAAGGAAGGCUGCGAGAUGUAAAGCCAGGAAAAAUCAAUGCAUGAUAUUAUAGUCAUGACAGAAACUAGAUGUGACAAUAUCAAUGGGACCAGAUUUAAUCUCAUCAUGACUGCCGAAAGGGGCUAUAUAGGUACUUUGUUACUCAUUAUCUAACAUUUUUAUAUAAUGCUUGCGACAGGAAAAGUGUAGAGAAAGUAAAGCAUAGUCCCAAUAUUAAAAAAAGGGUAUAGACAGGAGUCACUAAAUGAUUGACCGGUGUCUUUGACAAGUAUUCCUUGUAAAGUGUUGGGGAAAGAAAUCAGGUUGAGAAUGAUGGAGCAACUGGAGAGGACCAACUAUUUGACAAAACGUUAGCAAGGAUUUCGAAAUAGAACGUUGUGCCUGACAAACCUAACUUGAGUUCCGUGAAAGGGUAACUAAAAUAUGCCAGGUUUUCCUAGAUUUGCAAAAAAAAAACUUUUGACACUGUUCCUUGUGAAAGGCUGGCGUACAAGAUGGAUACACAGACUGGGAUAACUGGAACAACACUGAACUGGGUACAAAAAGCACGUGAAAGACAUAAUGCAAAAAAUCACAGUCACAGAGGACGGUUCAAACUAGUUGACUGUAACAAGUGGGGUCCCACAAGGCUUGGUCCUGGGACGCUGCUGUUCCUAAUUCUUGUGAACGAUCUACCCGAGGGAGUGAGCAUGUACAUAUCAAUGUUUCCAGUUGCCGCAAAGCUGAUGAGGAAAACAAACACAGAGGAACACUGCAGGUAGUCACAGUAGGACCUAUAGGCAAACUCCAGGAGAGGGUAAACAAAUGGUUGCUGGAAUUUAAUGCCAACAAAUAUAAGGUAAUGCUAAUGGAAAUGGGAGAAAUUAAACCAGGAGGCAUCUAUAUCAUGCCGGGAGGGCAACUAUAGGAAUCGGAAAGAGAAAUAUUUAGGAAUGGACAUAACUCCAACACUAACACCGGAGACACUCAUGAACAGGACAACAAGGAAGUAUAUUGGACGCUGGAAAACAUAAAAACAUCGUUUAGAAACCUAAAUCACGACUGCUUCAAGGCACUUCACCCAUACGUCGCACCUUGUGAAGCACAAAACCAAAACUGAAAAGUACAGAGAUUUUCAACAAGAGUGCUCCCAGAGGUGUUAAGUGAUGAGCACAGACUAGAAUCUCUCAACCCUAGAGGAUAGAAGUAACAGAGACGAUAUGAUCAAAACAUGGGACAUAGUGGACUGUGAUAACCGCUCCAGAUUAAGAGAAAGUAAGACAAGAGGACACAGGUAGAAGCUGAAAACGCAAAUGAGCAUAAUGAAUGUGAGGAAAUACUCGUGCCCUGUGCGGGAGGUCAAUAAGUGUAGAGCACUGAAACAAGUUGUAAAAAGCACCUCCAGCCACAACGUUAAGGCCAGAUUCGACAAUCCGAACGUCAGAAUAGUUAAGUUGUAACAGGUUCAACAGGUUCAACAGGGCCAGUAGGCGGGGCGUAAACAACUAGACCUCAGUCCCUCGUAGACAGUGAUGGGUAAUCCUGAUACAUCAACGCACACCCCAGUGUCCACGCCCCACGCCUACACUGACAUGCAACUUAACUUUCAACCGCAUUCUAAUGAAGUUAAAGUAAAAUUUUAGAAGUUUAAGAACUUUAUGAAAUGGUCCAAUGAUUUGUUCUUACUAAUAAACCAUAAGAACAUAAUAAUCGAGCCCACUGCAGAUGUUCACUGGUAUAUGUUAAAUAAAAACACAUGUGUUA